UUUGUGUACUUUUUUCGGCUUAUGGUCACCGAAGAAUGAGCAAUAACCUAUAUUGAAUGCAAAACCUGAGUGAGGUGGAAGCCGCAGUUACCAUGACGGAACGUGUAGUUUACGAAUCGCUGCCCCAGAUCCCGGUGGUCACCUCGGUGAUCUGCUGCUUGGCGCUAGCCAUUCUCUACGUGGGAAGCCUCUACAUUUGGAGCACAAAACACAACCGGGAUCAUCCAACUACGAUAAAAAGAAGAUUUGUCAGUGUCUCCAUGGUGAUGGUUGUGGCACCAUUAUUUGUUUAUUACUUCUCAUCACCAGAACUUCUUAGCCGGGAGUCAUUUCCCAAGUUAUUGGGAUUCCGAUUGGAAGGAUUAUGGCAGGCUGUGGUGAUACCUUAUAGUCUGACAGUGCUACUCUUCAUUGGACCCAUCUUUGUCAACAUGCAAAAUGAGUCAAUUCGCUCCUAUUUCGAUCUGGACUACUGGCGAGGAUCUUUUAGCAGCAUAAUCUGGGUGCGCAACCAUGUGAUGGCCCCUGUAAGCGAGGAGUUUGUCUUCCGAGCCUGCAUGAUGCCCCUGAUCCUGCAGAGUUUCUCCCCAUUGGUCGCCGUUUUUAUAACUCCACUUUUCUUUGGAGUUGCCCAUCUGCAUCAUAUAGCCGAGCGAUUAAGUUUGGGAGUUGAGCUGAGCACUGCCUUGUUAAUAGGACUGUUUCAGUUCAUCUACACCACAUUGUUUGGAUUCUAUUCCGCCUUUUUAUUUGCCCGAACGGGUCACGUUGUGGCACCAAUUUUGGUUCACGCAUUUUGCAAUCACAUGGGUCUUCCAGAUUUGCAGGAUUUGUGGCAACAGGAUCUUUGGCGCCGAAUUGUGGCUAUUGUCCUUUACAUAGCUGGAUUUGUUGGAUGGAUUUUCCUGCUGCCUCUGGCUACUGUUCCUUCGAUGUACGAAAACACGCUCUACUGGAAUGUUUAGUCUAAGUAAGGGAGUUCAUCAACCGCUGCCAUAAAGAAAAUUAAAAUAUACAGAAAUAUUCUUGUAGGUAUCAUGGCCAGAGCUGAAAUUCAUAUCGGAACAAGCUGAUAGUAUGCACAAUAUAACCGUAGUAAGAACUAUAAAAACGAAAUGCAUUUGUA